AUGGCUCCGCCACAUAGCAUUUUGGCCGUGGCUGGCACCCUGGCCAUAUUCUCAACUUCGGCCUUGAUAGCUCUCCUUGCCAUUCUCGCGCACCAACUAGAAUACCUUUCAACAUCCACAACACGUAUCAUUGCGAUUGUUUCAGCAAUUAGCGAAGGACUAGUGCUUCUCAUCUUCCUUGCCUAUCUCACAUACUUCAUCUGGAGCAGCAUACGGAGACAAGCAGCUCAAUGCAGCGUCAACGAAAAGCAGCUGCAAAAGCCAUUACAGCAGCCGGGUGGCCACUGGUUCAGUCUCAGCAUCCUUCUUUGCACAGUGGCUGCCGCCAUUUCUGUUGCUGCCCUUGUCAAUCUCAGCAAGUUCACCGGCACUCUACCACCGACAUUGUUCGGAUCUGGAGCGGUUCCCUUCCUCGCCGGAGCAUCGGUUACGUUGUCUGUUUGCUAUACUGCCCAAUUGCUCUUCUUGAUCGCGCAAUAUAUAGCUGUCCGUGCGCUGUCGACAGAGGAGACUACCGAGCUGUCUCGAGCUGCGGAAUUUUAUAAGCAAGACGAUGCCAGCAACCGGCCCCCAACUACCAGCACGCGGAUUUCGCCGUCCAUCCGUGUCAAGGGGAUCCGCUACAGUCAGACAUUGGCCCCGACUCCGCCGGCGAGCCGAAGGGGGGGUAUAGCCGCCCUGACAGGGGACAUACGCUCGCCACCUGGUUCAAGCGAUGGUCGCUCGGCGGCGGAGACUUUUGAUUCCCUGCGGUCAUCGCUGUCCAAUGCUGUCCGUCCCUUCUCCUCCAGGACACGACUGCUGGCUAGCAGCUCCGGCAGCCUUCAGUCACUCCGGACCUUGCCUUCUUACAACAACUCGUCUUCGCCCCGUCGUGACCGCGAGUCGAGCGCAAGCGUCGAAGACGACUUUGACUCGUGGGACACGUCUUCUGUCUCGCCGCAAAACCGUCAGGCCGUGCUGGAAAGCUCGAUGUCGCCCAUCCCGGCCAGCCGGUUUCUCGAGACGAUCCCAGCCAGUCCAACUGCGAGCCGCUGUCCCAGUCCGGGCGCACCACUGGACCUCGCAGGUCCCCCACGGACUCGUCGGCGCAGCCGGAGCUAUAGUCCGGUGCCUAGGUCGGUGCCCAGGUCGACAUCGACAACAUCGCUAUCGAGCGGAUAUGUGGUGGCUCCGGGAACGCGCGCACGCUCGCACUCGCUCUCGCCGGCCAACGAGGCACAUAUCCACCCGCUGUUCCGGUCAGACUCGCCGACUCCACCACCCGCCGUCAGCGCCGGCACCGUGGUGACGGCUGCGCCCAAUGCCGGCCAGAUGCUCGCGACUGACGUGCAGAGCUUGCGGACGUUUAACCGGAUACGGAGCGGCAGCCUUCCGGUGGUGUCGAGCCCGCUGAGCCGGCAGGGCAGCUUUGACGAUUUUGCAGUCAAGAGGGCGCUUGCUGGCAGCCCCAGCGCACUAGGCGACAAUGGAGGUGGUGGCAUCGCCCGGGGUCGGCCGCUGGCCAGCGACAUGCUGCACGACAAGGAGGAGGAGGUGGACGAGGAGGUGGGGACACGUGAGAAGCAGCUCCGCUUGGCCGAGCGCAAUAUGACGCCGCCGAUUCCGGACUGGAUUCUGAGCGCAGGAACGCGAACAAGCCUAUCGGGUUACGAGAGCCGGAAUUCCCGACUGGAGAACGAGGCAUCAUGA